AUGGUGACUGGUAGUGGUGGUGAGGAUAAGUAUAAAAGUGCCAAAAAUGCCAAGGAACUUUUGGAUAUGAUUGGGAAAGACGUGCACGAAAUAGUGGAAAAGGAUGAGGCUAAAAAAUAUAUUGAUGAAUUGAAAGGAAAUUUGCAGAAAGCAAAAGGUAUUGGGGAAUUAGCUGCCUUCCCAGAUACAUGCAAACGUGUAGAGCAAUAUCGUAGUAAGGCUAAUGGUGAUGGUAAAAGGUAUCCGUGUACAGAGUUAAGUGAAAAAUAUGUAGAACGUUUUUCCAAUACACUUGGUGGCCAAUGCACUGAUAGUAAGAUGCGUAGGGAUGGUAUAGGAGCAUGUGCACCAUACCGACGUCUACAUUUAUGUCAUCAUAAUUUGGAAAAUAUCAAGGAUGUUAAUAAUAUUGAUAAUGAUACGUUGUUGGCAGAAGUGUGUAUGGCAGCAUACUAUGAAGGAGAAUCUUUAACACGUUAUAAUCCAAUAUAUCAAACAAAAUAUAAGGAUUCUGGUUCUACAAUGUGUACUGAGUUGGCACGCAGUUUUGCAGAUAUAGGAGAUAUUGUGAGAGGAAGAGAUCUAUUUCGUGGUAAUGAUGAAGAAAAAAAAAAAAGAGAUGAAUUAGAAAAGAAUUUGAAAACAAUUUUCGGGAAAAUACAUAGUCGAUUGACGAAAGACGCACAAAAUUACUACGAAGAUAAUGAUACUGACAAAAACUAUUAUCAAUUAAGAGAAGAUUGGUGGAAGGUCAACAGAGAUCAAGUAUGGGAAGCCAUAACAUGUGAAGCAAAAAGCGAUGAUAAAUAUAAUGUAAUAGGUCCAGAUGGCAAAAUAACAGAAUCUAAUAAGGGACAAUGUAGAUGCUUUAGUGGAGAUCCUCCUACUAAUAUGGACUAUGUGCCACAGUUUCUUCGCUGGUUCGAGGAAUGGGCAGAAGACUUUUGUAGAUUAAGGAAACAUAAAUUAAAAGAUGCUAUAGACAAAUGUCGUACACCAAAGGGUAAAGAAAAAUAUUGCGAUCUUAAUAGGUAUGAUUGCGAGCAAACCAUUAGAGGAGAUCAUGAUUUUGUUGAAGAUGAUGUUUGUAAAGGUUGUCAGUAUUCGUGCUCUCAUUUUGUGAACUGGAUAGAUAACCAAAAACUAGAAUUUGACAAACAAAAAAGAAAAUACAAAAGCGAAAUAAAAAAAUACAAAAGCGAAAUAACAGGUGGUGCUGGUGGUAAGGGUAAAACGAGGAAAAGACGAAGUGCAUCUAAUGAAAAUUAUGAAGGGUAUGAAAAAAAAUUUUAUGACAAAUUUAAAAGUAGAUAUAAGGAGGUUGGUGAAUUUUUGGGAUUAUUAAAUAAUGAAACAACAUGCACAAAAAAAUUGAAUGAUCAGGGUGAAGAAGAAGGAACAAUUAAUUUUAAAAACGUUCAUAGUGGUAAACAUAGUAGUGGUGGUGAUGGUAAUAAAACAUUUUAUCGUACAAAAUAUUGCGAAGCAUGUCCGUGGUGCGGGGCGCAAAAAGUAGAAGGUGGAUGGAAAGAUAAAAAUAAAGACUGUGCAAAGAAAAAAGAAAGAAUAUUCGAUGAACACAAUACUACCACUAUAGAAAUACUUACCGCUGAUAAGAAACAGUUAGAUAUACUAAAAAAAUAUAGUAAGUUUUGUGAUAGUGUAAAUGGUACGGCAAAUGUUGAAAAAGAUAAAAAACGUGUUUCUAAUGGUGCAACUGGUAAAAAGGGUAAUCAAAUAGUAACAUGGCAAUGUUAUUUUGAUAAAGAAAAGCCUAGUAAAAAAAAUAAUAAUUGUGUAGAAGGAGAAUGGAAAGAUUUUGAAGAGGGUAAAAGCGUUAAGUCCUAUAAUGGUUUUUUUUGGAAGUGGGUUCAUGAUAUGUUAAUCGACUCUAUGCAAUGGAGAGACGAACAUGGUAAUUGUAUAAAUAAAGAUAAUGACAACACAUGUAGAAACAAUAAGAAAUGUAAUAAAGAAUGUGGUUGUUUUCAAAAAUGGGUUGAACAAAAAAAAAAAGAAUGGCAAAAUAUAAAAAAACAUUUUGACAAACAAACAGAUAUUGUCAUAGAAGGAGGACCUCUUGGCGAACUUAGUCACUGUGGAGUUCUUGAAUGGAAUUUGAAAGAAGAAUUUUUGAAAGACGAAUCCACAGAAGAUAAGGAAAAUAAGGUGAGUGCAGAGGAGGCAAAGGAAAUAAAACACCUUAAGAAAAUGUUGCAACAAGCAGGCGUUGAUGUUGGUGAUCUUGCUGCUUUUGUUGGUCCGUGUACUAAAGGUCCUGUCGCUGGACAGAACACUACAAUUGAUAAAUUGCUCAAUCAGGAAGAUAAAGAUGCCAAAGAUUGCCAAUCAAAACACAACGACUGUCCCCAACCACCCGCCGAAGAAGUUGGUGUCGCUCGUGCCGACACUCCCACACAAGCAACUGGCGGACCACGACCUGCCACCACUAAGAACACUGAGGAUGACGACGCCGAAGAAGACGAAGAAGACGAAGAAGAAGAAGAAGAGGAGGAGGAAAAGGAAAACGCCGACGCAGGCGGCGAAGAUGGCAAGGAGGAGAAGUCGGAGGAAAAGGAGGAGGAUCCGCCGGCGGCGGUGGAGGACACCGCGGUGAAGAGACCACAACAAGAGACACAACCGGAAGAGGCACCAACGGCAACAGAUCCGUCACUGAACGUUUGCACCACAGUAGACAAAGCACUUACCGACCAGACUAAUCUCACAAAGGCGUGCCAACAAAAGUAUGAAAAGGGCCGCGAAAAAUUCCCCAAUUGGAAGUGCAUACCAAGUGGUGACAACAGUACCACACGUGAGGGUAGUGAGAGUGGUCUACGUCGUAGCAGACGUGACGCCGAUAGUCAAACACCUGGUGAGAAAACCACCCCACCUAGUGGUACUAACCAGGGUGCCAUAUGUGUGCCACCCAGGAGACGAAAACUAUACAUACAGAAACUACCAGACGUCGAAUUUGACGACAAGUCAUUACGUAAGUGGUUUAUAGAGACGGCAGCUAUAGAGACUUUUUUCUUAUGGGAUAGAUAUAAAAAAAUAAAAGCAAAAGAGAAAAAAGAAAAAGAGGAUGCAAAAGGACAAAUAUAUGAAUCAGCCGGUGAAGACGACGAAGACAAAGACCCCCAAGAGGAAUUACAACGUGGAGAUAUACCUGAUGGUUUCUUGCGGCAGAUGUUUUAUACAUUAGGAGAUUAUAGAGAUAUAUUAGAAGGGAAAAACGAUAUCCUAAUUGGAAAAACAGGUACUGGUAGUGCAAAAGAUGAAAUGGCUGAUAAAGAAAAUAAAAUAAAAGAAGCUAUAAAAAAGUUUUUUCAAAAUGGUGAUUCCCAACUUCCUAGUGGAAAACCUGGUGAUGAACGCAAAAAAUUUUGGGAAGCAAAUGAAAAACAUAUAUGGAAUGCUAUGGUAUGUGCUCUAACCUAUGAAGAGAAGACAAGUAGUGCUAGUGGUGGAGAAAAAAACACAACUAUUACACAGGACGAUGGUUUGAAAGGUGCACUUAUCAAAGAUGGCAAUCCCAAAAACCCCCAAUACCAUUACGAAAAAGUGACACUCGAAAAUAGUGGUCCCAGCCCCAAACUCCAAACCGGCUCCCCCGGCACUAGUGGUGAUAACACCCCCCUCACCCAAUUUGUGAAAAUACCUACAUUUUUUCGUUGGUUACAUGAGUGGGGAAGCGACUUUUGUGGUACGCGGAAGAGGAUGUUGGAUAAAAUAAUAUUUGAAUGUCGUGGUAAUGGAAAGGUUUGUAGUGGAGAUGGGGAGGACUGUAAAGAUCAGCUUAAACACAAUCCUAGUACUGUUCGGGAUUUUUUGUGUCCGACGUGUGGCAGACAUUGUAGUUUUUAUAAAAAAUGGAUAGACAUAAAAAAAAAGGAAUUUGAGGAACAAUCAAAUGCAUAUACUGGACAAAAAGACAAAUGCAAAAAGGAUAGUAAUAAUGGAUUUUAUAGAAAACUACAAACAUAUAAUGAAGCUAAAGACUUCUUACAAACGUUAAGACCAUGUAAAACUAAUAAUGAGAAUAAUAAUGGAGAUGAUAAAUUAGAUUUUACAAAUCCAAAGGAAACAUUUAGACCUGCGAAAAAUUGUAAACCAUGUUCUGAAUUUAAAGUUAAAUGUGAUUAUGAUAAUUGUACUGGUGCUAAUGCAAAUACGUGCACUACACGAAAGAUUUCUCCAAAAGAUAUUGACGAAAAGACAGAUCCUAAUGGAAACAUAGAAAUGCUUGUGAGUGAUGACAGUGCAACGGGAUUUGCAGGUGAUUUAAACGAUGAUUGUAAAAAUGCACAUAUUUUUAAAGCUUUUAGAGAAGAUGUAUGGACAUGUGGUAAGGUAUGUGGUUAUAAUGUAUGUAAACCGGUAAAAGUUAAUGGGGAAACAUUCGAUGCAAAAAAAAAAGGCGAAAACCAAAUUAUAAUUAUUAGGGCAUUGUUUAAAAUAUGGUUAGAAUAUUUUUUAGAAGAUUAUAAUAAAAUUAAAAAAAAAUUAAAUCCAUGUAGGAAUAAUGGUGAGGUAUCCAAAUGUAUAAAUGAUUAUGACGAAAAACAUAAAUGUGUAGAACAAUGGAUAGAGAAGAAAAGAGCAGAAUGGGAAAAAAUAAAAAAACAUUACAAAAGACAAAAUGAAAAGGGUGACACAGAAAUGAUAUCUUUGGUUAGAAAUUUUUUGGGUGACGUGCAACCCCAAACUGAAGUUCACAAAGCUAUACAACCUUGUAAAGAUUUAGAUAAGUUUCAAGAUUCAAGUUAUUGUACUGUCAAUGGGAGCUCAGCAAAAGGUAAAGACGGUACACAAAAAGAUAUCGUAGAAUGUUUGUUUCAAAAGCUUGAAGAAAAAGCAAAAACGUGUUCCACCUCAACUAGUGAAGAAACCCAAAACACAGCACAGUGUCAAGAUACCCACCCUGAUGAUGACUUAUCCCUUGAAGAAACAGAGGAGGUGAAGGCGCCAAACAUUUGUCCAAAAGACCCUGAAUCAAAAAAAGAUGAACCAGAUGACUGUUGUGAACAAGCAAAGGCACUACCAAAAGAAACAGCGGAUGUAGUAGCAGAUAAUGGUAGUGGAAACGAUGAAGUACAAGAGGAAGAAGAAUCCGAAGAAAAAAAUAAAGGAGAUGCUGCCCCAUUACCGGAAAAACCAUCAGGUGAUUCCACCUCUACCGACCAAACCGAACCCCCAGCACCAGCACCACAACCACUCCCAAGUGAUAAUACCAGCGAUAUAUUAAAAACUACUAUCCCGUUUGGUAUUGCUUUGGCCUUGACUUCUAUUGCUUUUUUAUUUUUGAAGAAAAAAACACAUGCUCCUCUCGACCUUUUCAGUGUUAUUGAUAUACCCAAAAGUGAUUAUGAUAUACCGACAAAACUUUCACCCAAUAGAUAUAUACCUUAUACUAGUGGUAAAUACAGAGGCAAACGGUACAUUUACCUUGAAGGAGAUAGUGGAACAGAUAGUGGUUACACCGAUCAUUAUAGUGAUAUUACUUCAUCUUCCGAAAGUGAGUAUGAAGAAUUGGAUAUUAAUGAUAUAUAUGCACCACGUGCUCCUAAAUAUAAAACAUUGAUAGAAGUGGUACUAGAACCUAGUGGUAAGAACACAACAGCUAGUGGUAACAACACAACAGCUAGUGGUAACAACACAACAGCUAGUGGUAACAACACAACAGCUAGUGGUAAAAACACAACAGCUAGUGAUACACAAAAUGAUAUACAAAAUGAUGGUAUACCUAGUAGUAAAAUUACAGAUAAUGAGUGGAAUACAUUGAAAGAUGAAUUUAUAUCACAAUAUCUACAAAGUGAACAACCAAAUGAUGUACCAAAUGAUUAUAAAAGUGGAAAUAGUUCAACAAAUACCAAUAUUACUACCAUGUCACGUCAUAAUGUGGACCAAAAACCUUUUAUUACUUCUAUUCAUGAUAGAAAUUUAUAUACUGGAGAAGAAUAUAAUUAUAAUGUUAAUAUGGUUAAUAGUAUGGAUGAUCCAAAAUAUGUAUCAAAUAAUGUAUAUUCUGGUAUCGAUUUAAUUAAUGACACAUUAAGUGGUAAUCAACAUAUUGAUAUAUAUGAUGAAUUAUUGAAAAGAAAAGAAAAUGAAUCAUUUGGGACAAAUCAUGUGAAACAAACAAGUAUACAUAGUGUUGCCAAACCUAUAAGUGACGACCCCCUACACAACCAACUGGAACUAUUCCAUAAAUGGUUAGAUAGACAUAGAGACAUGUGCGAGAAGUGGAAUAAUAAAGAGGAACUAUUAGAUAAAUUAAAAGAAGAGUGGGAAAAUGAGACACAUAGUGGUAACAUUCACACUAGUGAUAGUAACAAAACGUUAAAUACUGACGUUUCUAUACAAAUACAUAUGGAUAAUCCUAAACCUAUAAAUGAAUUUACUAAUAUGGAUACUAUCUUGGAUGAUUUGAAAACAUAUAAUGAACCUUAUUAUGAUGUGCAAGAUGAUAUUUAUUAUGAUGUAAAUGAUCAAGAUGUAUCAACUGUGGAUAGUAAUGCUAUGGAUGUACCUAGUAAAGUACAAAUUGAAAUGGAUGUAAAUACCAAAUUGGUGAAAGAGAAAUAUCCUAUAGGAGAUGUGUGGGAUAUAUAA